GAAAACGACGCAAAUACGAAAAAUCAAGCAUCCGGUGAUGAAGGUUGAACGGAGUUUCACAAGAUGGCCCCAAAUGGAUCAACCAAAAACAUGUAUAAGAGAAAAGCUUGGAGGUUCCCGGACAACAUACUCUCAGUCACUUUGUAUAUAAUACUUUUAUUAGUCACAAGCAGUUGUCAGACUAACCACAAAGAUGAAUCGAGUCAUAUCGAUAGCUCUACCAAAUCAGAUUUAAAUAAAUUAGAUAAUACAGUAGAUUCUAAUAAAUGCCAUAGCUGUCAAAAUAGUAAUAGUAAGGAAAGUAGCAUUAAUGCGAAAGGCAGUAAUAUGUUCUCGGAUUUUAUAGAUACUGUAAGCACAUUUUCUGAAAAAUAUGUUUUCGUGAACGAAACAGAAAAAAAACUACAAAAUGUAUUAGAGAAAAUGUUAGAUGAAGCAAUCGAAAAAGACAAAUACGAGUUAAUUGAAGGAGUAGAACUCAAAGCGAUAGAUUCGAAAAACGUAUCAAACAGAUCAAAGAAGAGUCUAGAGGUUAAUAAUGAAGAGAGAGCUCUAUUUAGCUCAUAUACUUAUGAGUAUAGAUUGUUUCAGAAGAUAAAAAACUUUAUCGAUACACACAUAGUGUCAAUUAAUCUACCUAAAGCUGUGGGACUAGCAGGGUUUCGGUCAUUUGGACUGAAAAAGUUCUUUUUGCCAAUCCUUAUCGGCGUUCAAAUUUUCAAAAGCAUACUUGUAGCGAUGUUUCUGCCAAGCCUUUUGGGAAGUUUCGGCAAAAUUCUCGGAAAAGGCAUAUCCCAAAUAUCUGCAGCAUCGAGCCAAGCAAGCUACCCACCGGCGAAUACAGACGACCAGACCGCUUAUAACAACGAUAACAAUAACUUCAUGGGCUAUGAAACUAACCCAGCAGCCACGUAUGCUUAUUCUCCGGACAUGUAUGGGAAUAUGGAAGUGAAUGACGUCAACGAUCAAUCAACUAUUGACAUGUCAAGAUUCGGAGCUGGAGGUCAGAAGGUGUCAUAUUUACCAACCAAGAAUAGUUACUACAAAAAUCAAAUGACCACCAGCAACAGUUAUAAGAUAUUCCAGAAAAUUCCGGCCUCGUCUAUGAUUCUGAGCAACUAUGAUCCUUUCUACUCACCGGUGCUUUCCCGCCUCGAUGGAAUUUUUGCAAGGCUAGGUCUCGCUCCGACAGAAACUACGACGGAAGACAGCACCAUGAUCGGUGGUCAAACCCUUAGCGAUGUUAAACUGGAGGCAUGUCGUGAACAGCUCAUAUGCCUUAUGUACUCUAGUCCUGCGAAGUACGCGCCUUACAGUAACCUGGUAUCGGCGCAGUUGAGUAGGGAGCUUAACGAACUUCGUCGUCCAGUGUCGGACAAUCCGGAGAUUCUGCGUUUCUUCCGAUACAUGCGCGCUGCCAGGAGGGGUCAAGAAGGCACCGACUGCAUGACAGCCCAUCCAGCAUGUUCAACUAACACUGCACCAUCACACACUAUGAUAGCCGCUUAUCAUGACAUCAACAAACUUGUGACCGCGAGAAAAUUGUAUACAUAAACAUU